UCUCUUCUGAACAUAGAGAGAGAUGCUGUUCCAUGCUGACUUAUAUUAACCCUUCAGAGGCAAUGUAACCACGUGGGAGUGAAGCAUUCAAAUGGAAGCAGCUUUGUUGCUUAUGAAUGUAUGAAAAUGUUUCCCCUUGGUAGAAAAUGCGAUGCUUGAGAACGGAGUAGUAGGGAGAACUGGAAGUCAGUCGUCUACUACGAGAAUAUUUUUUCAUGAGGAAUUUGAAUUUUUACAGCCUUAUUCUCUUUGCGUUAAAUUGCUAAGCAAAAACAUAAAUAUGUUAGUAGAAGCGUUCGUCUUACCGCGAAUCUCUUUUUCAAGAAUUGUUAAAACUGGGUCGGAGAAUUAUUAAAAUUGGCUGUCGUACGAAUAGGAGCUUUUAUUUCGCAGACAACGUGGCGAAAAAUACAAAUAUUUUCAGUUUUUACUUCUGUAAUGGCAAGACGAUUUAUACGACGUUGGAAAUGACUUUUUACAACGCACAGCUUACGUGUAGCUUCCGUGUGGCGAUCCAAAGAUGGCCAAUUCCAUCGAUGGAUACCACGGCCUUGUAUCUUUCAUCAGCGACAGCAAACGUGUAUCGUUUUCAGCUUAAAAAGUAUCACCUGGAUGGAAACUCGACAUGGAGAACGAGAAUAUGCAUAAAUCCUAUGCCCGGUUCUGUCAAAUCUCGUCUUAAUUUAUCGAUAGCGUUUCUAGAUUCGAGCGUUGUACGAUGAAGAAUUAAAAACUUGAUUCAUAUUAAAGGCUCUUUUACGUUUAUGAGAGUAUCGCAUAGUUUGUCUUAUGGCUUUAAAAUAUUAAAAUGCUUGGAGCCUGUGGCAAAUAUUUUAACAUCAAAUAAAUUAAAACACGAUGGUCACUUUACGAGGUACCGUUGGGAACCACUCCUUCGUUGAAAAUGUUCUACUAGAAAUGAAAAUGUGGCUACAGCAGACUGUCGAGUAAUUUACUUACGGCCAUAAAUCUACAAAGCUGUUUCAAAACCGGAGGAACAAACAUCUACGAUCGAUAUUUACCACAGAAAGUACAAUAUUUGACACUAUACCGCAACAGCACCGAUCGGUUGGACGACGAUACAAGGCUGCCAUGAGCGAAAUCUAAGCGUAUCGGCUCGCUUUCGCCCCAAAACCAGAAAGCUUUUAACAGGGCGAUAUUUUUAACCCGCGGCGAGAAAGUGGACACUGACAGAAAACGUGUCACUGAUUUACUGGACCGUGACAGCUUCUAUGUGAUUGAAUUUCGUCUAGAAUUUCUUCGGUUUAAAUCGAAAAUAUUCCAUGAUACGCACGUUGAACCGCGGCGUUGUAAUGUGCUCGUUAAUGUCUUUCACAGAUAAUAGCGAAAUUCGUUUCUAAACAACGACUUCUAUAUGCUCCAUAUGCCUCCAUAUUCAACUCGAAUCGAGUUCCCAAUCCGACAAGAAUAACCUUAAUGGAUAAUAAUGCGGCACGUAUUGUCUCUAGUUUCCACGCGUUUCCACGCUAGUUGUUUAAUGGCCUCGCAGCUGCAGUUUCGCGCUCAAUUUCUAAUCAUUCCAUCAACCGUUCGUCGUCUGAUAUUUUCGUAACGCGUUUAACGUUCAAGGCAUUUGAGUUAAACCGCUGAUUAUUAAUUUUAAAUCGAGCAUCGUACAAACGGAAUUAGUAUUGCAAUUAUUGCGUUUUAUAAUUCUCCCGAUGAAAUCAUUAUUGCAUCAGAGUGCAAUUUUUACGAUAAACGACGCGGAAAACAUCGAACUACGAUACGAGACUUGAUGAGGAAAAAUCGUGAAAACGAAUUCGAAACGUUCCGCGUGAUCGAACAGCAAAGCCAGCCUCCGCUAUGCGCUCGCUCUCGCCGCUAAUAGGACAAACGAUUUAAUUCCGUUCGAAUAUAAUCCAUGUUGCUGUCGCUGCUGUGGAAAGCGACGUAACAGCGUUCGAGAGAAAAUAUUCAAUCGGAAAUAAAAUUUGUUAGAAAUAUGUAAAUAGGUUUUUAUACAUUUACCGACUUUAUGGGUCAUUAGAAAAGUUGUUAUGUAAAACCUCGCGUAACGCAAUGAUUACAGCGGAUGUAUGUUUUGACAAACUGUCGUUCUGACAAAUGAAAUAUUUGAAGACUAAAACACGUACACUCGUGAAAAUCAAUAUACAUGUCGGAGAUGAAAGGACAUCGGGGCCUUUCUUUUGAAAUGUUUGAGAAAACCCCCAAUACCCUAGGUCAGACUUUUAUUAUAGCUACACUUAAUUAAUAAAACUAAGAAAUAGUUGUAAUGUUCUAAUCCGAGUAUGGGUGCUCAAGGUUUACGACGAUGGGCUUGGGCUCGAAGUGAACAUAACGGAUCACCGAACGUAGCCACGGUCACGGGAGAGACAUGUACCUAACAGAGGUAUGGAAUAAUUAUAUAGUUCUCCUUAAAAACAAAGAUUGACCCGAGAGGUGGGGAGAGGACUAUAUAAGGGCAGUUCCAUUUGGGCUGCGGGGCAGUUUAUUGAGAGAAGUACUACUCGUACGUGGAGUCACACCAGGAUCGUGGAUCACAUCGCAUUCGUCAUCCCGUUGGCCGUGGAUUCGUUAUCGAACCUAAAUUCAUUGUCAUUGACAUCUCGUUUGUCCGAUUGCCGCUAUUACUUGUAACCUCUUGUAAUCAUCACAUCUGUACCAAUAACGAUCAGCUAGAAUACAUAACCACGAUGGUCAAUUCGAGUGAAGAUUCGUCAAACGUCCAAAAUUCCAACGAUUUUUGUCCAACAAGUUCGAAGAGAGUUACACACCGACGAUCGAGGACUUCCAUCGAAAGCUGUACAGGAUUAAAGGCGAGGUUCAUCAGCUCGAUCUUCUGGACACGAGCGGCAACCAUCCGUUUCCCGCGAUGCGUCGAUUAUCCUUCCUAACAGGAGACCUGUUCGUGGUGGUGUUCAGUUUGGACUGUCGAGAAUCCUUCGAGGAGGCCAUCAGACUGCGUGAAUCGAUCCUGGAAACUAAAGUGAGCGCGACCCAAAGUGCGACCAAGAGCAGGAGCAAAAGUCACUUCAAUUUGAAGGUUCCUAUGGUCAUCGUUGGAAAUAAAUGUGAUAAGGAAACAAAAACAGUUACGAUUGAAGAGGCGGAGGAGUACUGCAACAGUCAAGACGAUUGCUGCGUUUUCGUGGAGGCAUCCGCAAAGAGAAACUACCACGUGGAGGAGCUUUUCUAUCAACUGUUCAUAGUGGCCGGCUUGCCGCUGGAAAUGGCGCCGAAUCAUCACAGAAAGGUCCCACUCACUUUCGGUUCUCCUACCAUGUUACCACCGUCACAGCCAAGGCAUAAAGCCACACUGAGUAUAAAGCGACGGCUGAGCGACGCCUGCGGCGUCGUGGCGCCCAACGUGCGUCGGCCAAGCAUCAGAACGGAUCUAAUGAUCAUGAGAACGAAAACGUGCUCCCUUGCAGCCGGGAAUGAGAACAACGCGCCGGGAUCGAGGAUAACCCUGCGUACCUCCGACGCCAGAAAGACGUGUUCCAUUCAGUGAUAUCUCUCGGAGAUCCUCUCGAAACUGAAUUCGAAACGAUGGGUCUGGAAUUCGAAGGACGAUCCUCGCCAACGAACACGAUUCUCUCGAACGACGCGGUCGUUAUAAUAUAUCGAGUAGAAGGAAUUGUUCGUUCCACUUUUAACACUCGUUUGACAAAGAAACGUUUAAACGAUGUUUGUUGAUUCCAUGGAAAAUGGGAGACAAAGAAAAUUAUACGAUGGCAAAUUAACGUUCCUUCGAAAGAACGACAAGAAAACGCGAGCAAACAUUGCGUUUUUAUUGCGUCGGCCGUGGUGUAUCGCGCGUAACAGAGUUGGCAUGGAAGAAGAGUCGUAAGCGAGAAUCGUCGAACCGAAGAAAACGUUUAAACCGACCACGCUGCUCGCCUUAAUUAAUUAAAGAAAUAGCUCUAGCAUAGCGUUCCGGGAAUAACGUAUAUUACUAAAAUAAGAUACGAUCGCUGAGGACCGAUCGUUGGAUCGAUCGACCGACGUCGACCAGGAAACGAAAGAGUUCGGCGUAAUCGCGGAUGAAACGAAAGGGACACUCUUCCCGUGAUAACUCUGGAUCUUUUGGUGCGCUAUCGGAACAGUCGACCAUUUACAUUCCUAAUCAAAGCAAUUAUAUCUUCUUUUACUUAUCGAGCCUUCGCACCGACGAACUUAACGAAUUAAACAACUCUUGGUUGGUAGAUCGAGACGAACGAUCGCCAAUGAAAGAUCGUAUAGCGAGAAUUUCAAACCCAAGAUCGAUGUAUCCUUCGUAGUUUGUUGAAAUGGUCGACUGAUCGUGACACUUGGAUUCUAUUUAAGCAUGAUUGUUAAGCCGACACGAACCAAAUACCGUAUACGUGUAUAUAGUUAAUUUAUUCGUAUGAAACGAGAUGGCACACUAUUGUACCGAACAUAUACGAGCAUUGGAUGCGUUGAUCAAUCAUAGCAAACUUUCGAAUCAUUUUGAAUAUCGUUCAAAUUUGAACAAUUGCCGACAUUUAUCUUCGUCCAGUUACAUUGAGCCGAGAUUCAAUUUAGAAGUUUUCAGUAGUAAAACUAAAGCAAAAUUUUCUUAACGGAGAAAAGAAAGAGCGGAAGAAAUGAUUAAAAUUCGAUACGCUUCCGAAGCUGUUUAACCUUCGACGACACAGCAACACGGCGCACACGUGUGAUUGCUCGACAUUGAAAGAUUGUAACCGUAAUAAUCAAAGCGCAUAGAAACAAAAUAUGUACGAAAGACGCAUCUUUUCGUAAAACUCACCCCUAAUUUUCGGACCAAAAAAACGUUUCGUUCUCUUGUAAUAAACACGUAAACAAUA